GCAGACCACGACAAUCACCCAGACAGGCCGAACAUCGAACUGCAGCUCGAUUUCCGCGCACAGAAAAACGCAGUCACAAUGGUCGACAUCCUCCCCAUCUCCUCCUUCCCCUCAUACAUCAACCUGCUCCCCUCCGUGCAAACCUGCAACAUCACAAACCUCCCCGAAAACUACUUCCUAAAAUACUACCUCUACCACGCGCUCACCUGGCCGCAACUCAGCUUCGUCGCAGUCGUACGACCCAAGGGCGGAUAUGGACGGAAUAACCGUAAUAACAAAACCGCCUUCCUACCGGGCGAAGAAUACCCCAAGGUCGUGGGCUACGUGCUUGCCAAAAUGGAGGAGGAGCCCUCCGACGGCGUGGCGCAUGGUCACAUUACCAGUCUGAGUGUGAUGCGCACGCAUCGCCGGCUGGGCAUUGCAGAGCGGCUGAUGCGGAUGAGUCAACGGGCAAUGGCAGAGUCGCAUCGCGCGCAUUAUGUUUCCCUGCAUGUGCGUAUGUCGAAUAACGCCGCAUUGCGCCUCUACCGUGACACGCUGGGCUUUGAGGUGGAGAAGGUGGAGAGUAAAUAUUAUGCGGACGGCGAGGAUGCGUAUGCUAUGCGCAACGAUCUCAAGUCGAUGUGGAUCGAUUGGUCGGAGGAAGAGGAAAAGGAGAAGAAAGACGCUGAAAACAAAAAUGGGGAUGGGGUAGAUGGUCAUGCUGAUGAGGGCGAGGCGGUUGGGGAGUUGGGGAAGAGUGGGGAGGAGAAGGAGAAGGAGAAGAUGAUUCGGGUCAAGGUUGGUAGAGGGUUGGGCGUGGGUGAUUUGGUGGAGAGGAAUGAGGCUGCGACAUCGAGUCGAUAGGUGUGACUUGGUAACUUGGAGGUGGUAGACUAAUGUAGGAAUGUUUGGGGGGGGGUUGAAGCUAAGGUUGAAUUGCAGCGCUAAAAAUGAUAGAAUACUGAAAUGCUAUUCAAAAUGUCCCAAAAUAUAAUCAU